AUGGGGAUGAUUGAUCAAACCACUGUGUCCGAGUUCAUUAUGAUACAAGAGAGCACCGAGUUUGAGAGAAUUCCGUCUGGAGAGUUUGCUAAACACAAGGUAAGAGGAUUGUGAUUUUUUUUUGAAUUCCGAAAUGGGGAAAAUGUGGAGUGGGACUUGGUUUUUGAAUCGAAAUUGGGUUUUCAGAAACAUUUUCAGAAAUUAACUGAACCAUAAAUUUUCUUGAAGAAAUAUCUGAAAGGAAUUCCUGAAAACCAAUAAGAAAAACACUGAGGUAAUGAAAUAUUUGAAAAAAAAAGUUCCUAACUUCAAAAUAUUUGUUUCAAAAUAAUAUCUCAUAACUUAUCAUUUUCCAAAACUGGUUUCAUUCUUGUUCAUUUCAAAAUUAUUUCAAUCCUUAUAUUUUUUAUAAUUUCCCCCAAUUUCAAAACCCUCACAUUCAUAAGAAAAUAUUUCCAAAUCCAUCAAUGUUUUAUUUCAUAAUUUACAGUAUUCCUCAUUUUUUCCACCAAAUCUAAUAAACAUAUCACAUUAUUAUCAUUGGAAAUGUGAUUGAUGAAAUAUUAGAAAUGGCUUCCACAUUUUUUUUUUAAUGUGAACAAAAAAAACGAGAAAAUGUCUUUUUGAGGGAAAAGUUCACAGAUGAGAUCUGAAUAUCAACAAGUAUUUACAAUUAGUUACGAAACACUUAAAGGGCUUCUUUAUUUACAUAUGACCGACGAGUUUUGUGGAUUAGAAUAUGUUUUUUUGUUUUCAAGGACUGGUCUGAAAACUGAUUCUUGAUUAUCCGGAGAAGACGUUAAUGAUUUGAAAGAUAUGUGACUGGAUAAAAAUUGAUAUGACUCAUAACAAGAUUCCAGAAUAUAAAAAAAUAUUAUCGAAAAGUUAAGCACAGACACUGAUUUUACAAAGUUCAAACGAUUUUGAAUUCUGAAAUCAACUGGAACAGAAAAUACUGAUUUUUGAGUAAAAAAAUAUAAAUUUUUCCUUUAUGAAACGUCAGAGUUACGUAAAAUUACAAAAAAUAAAUUCAAUUUUGAUCAAAUUAGUUAAGAAAUAUUUUCUCACUAAAACCUUCAUUUUCAGCUUGUCAUAACCCUCUCCUUGAUCGUUGACCUGAUAGUUCUCACUGGAAUUCUUCUCAACAUCAUAACCUUACAAAUCAGUGACUCACUCUGGUGUAAGUUUUCAAUUUCCCAAAUAUUUCCACUUCUCCUUCCUCAUAUUUUUUUUAGCAAUUUCAGUAGCAUCUGCUCACAUCAUCUCGCUCUUUGUUAUUCUUUCAAUCUUUCUCGCCACAAUUUAUGCAUUCUAUGGACUGCUCACAAUGAAUUUGAGCAAAUUCAGUUUUGUUGUGUUUACUUGGGUAUAUUUAAUUUUGGAUUCUACAUUUAAAGGUUAAAUUAUUUUUGUUUCAGGUUUCAAUAAUCAUCUCAGUUUUCUUGAUGUUAUCAACACUCUUCAUUUCACUGAUCUUGAGCUUUAACGCAAGUGGAGUAUCAGAAAGAUUAUUUUUCCAAACAAGUACUUGCCUUUUCUUCCGAACUGAUUCAUAUUGUGAAUUGACAAAAACUGAUUUUUUCGUAAGCUCAAAAAAAUUCAUCAGAAAAAAAUGUUUUCAAUAAUUUCAGAUGGUCACAGCUGUCAUCAGUGCUGCAAUUUUCUGCUUCAAAUGUGGUCAAAUAAUUUGCCUCCGUGCUCUUUGCUGUGAAGCUCAUGACUAUCUCAGGUAAAACUUUGCUUCAGAAUUUAUAGUGUACAUAAAUAUAGUUUGCAGUACCCGAUCGCAUAAAUCAAGCACUCGAAGCCGACCAAAUAAUUCAACUCAUCAAAGUGAUUCAGAUGAUGAUGAUGUGGUGGUUUUUGAAAAAGUUUCAGGAAGAUUUCCGGGAAAAAGUUCGAUCAAAGAUGCGAGCAUUGCAUAA